GCCCCGGGAGGCCCCCCGGCGACAGCGGCGAUGGCGGCGGCGCUGCGGGGACUCGGCAGGCGCUUCCGGUGGCAGGCGCGGGCCUUGCCGGGCGGGGUGCGGGGCGCGGCAGCAGGGCAGCUGGACUACGAUCUCUUGGUCAUUGGUGGGGGAUCUGGCGGCCUGGCUUGUGCCAAGGAAGCCGCUCAGCUGGGAAAGAAGGUGGCUGUGGUAGACUAUGUGGAACCCUCUCCUCGAGGUACCAAAUGGGGCCUGGGCGGUACUUGUGUCAACGUGGGCUGUAUCCCUAAGAAACUGAUGCACCAGGCUGCACUUCUGGGGGGCGUGAUCCGAGAUGCCCAACACUAUGGCUGGGACGUAGGCCAGCCCAUCCAGCAUGACUGGAAGAAAAUGGCAGAAGCUGUGCAAAACUAUGUGAAGUCCUUGAACUGGGGACACCGUGUCCAGCUGCAGGACAGGAAAGUCAAGUAUUUUAACAUCAAAGCCAGCUUUGUCAACAAGCAUACUGUUUGCGGUGUGGCCAAAGGUGGGAAGGAGACUCUGCUUUCUGCUGAGCACAUUGUCAUUGCUACAGGAGGACGGCCGAAGUACCCCACACAUAUUGCAGGUGCCUUGGAGUAUGGAAUUACCAGUGAUGACAUCUUCUGGUUGAAGGAAUCUCCUGGAAAAACAUUGGUGGUUGGGGCCAGCUAUGUGGCCCUGGAGUGUGCUGGCUUCCUCACAGGGAUUGGACUGGACACCACCAUCAUGAUGCGCAGUGUGCCCCUCCGCGGCUUCGACCAGCAAAUGGCAUCUUUGGUCACAGAGCACAUGGAGUCCCAUGGCACUCGGUUCCUGAAGGGUUGCAUCCCAACCCAUGUACAGAGGCUUCCUGACGGCAAGCUCCAGGCCACCUGGGAGGAUCGCAUCUCUGGAAAGGAGGCCAUGGACACCUUCGACACUGUCCUCUGGGCCAUAGGGCGAGUUCCAGAAACCAGAGGUCUGAAUCUAGAGAAGGCUGGAGUCAACACCAACCCUGAGACUCAGAAGAUUCUUGUAGACUCCCGGGAGGCCACCUCUGUCCCUCACAUAUAUGCCAUCGGAGAUGUUGCUGAGGGGCGGCCCGAGCUGACACCCACAGCCAUCAUGGCAGGGAAGCUCCUGGCCCAGCGGCUUUUUGGGCAAUCUUCAGACCUGAUGGAUUACAGCAAUGUUCCCACAACCGUCUUCACUCCGUUGGAGUAUGGCUGUGUGGGGCUGUCGGAGGAGGAGGCUGUGGCUUGCCAUGGACAGGAGAACAUUGAGGUUUACCAUGCAUUCUAUAAACCACUGGAGUACACUGUGGCAGAACGAGAUGCAUCCCACUGCUACAUAAAGAUGGUGUGCCUGCGGAAGCCCCCACAGCUGGUGCUGGGCCUGCACUUCCUUGGCCCCAACGCAGGCGAAGUUACUCAAGGAUUCGCUCUGGGGAUCAAGUGUGGAGCCUCCCGUGCGCAGGUGAUGCGGACAGUGGGUAUCCACCCCACCUGCGCUGAGGAAGUGGUCAAGCUGCACAUCACCAAGCGCUCAGGCUUGGACCCCACUGUGACUGGCUGCUGAGGCUAAGCCACCAUCCCUGCCAGGCGAGGACACACGGACUGGAAGGCCUCGAAGAUGGUCACGUGGGAUGUGUGUCUGCUCAGAUGGUCUGUGCCCUGCAGGGAUGGCUUCAGUCUCACCUCUCUACCCCUGACCUCUCUUCUGCCUGGACCCUCCAGGUCUCCCAGCGCCAGAUGAUGAUGGCCUGCGCAGAAACCCACUGUGUGGGCUGCCCAUGUCUGAGCCUCUUGGCGUUUGGGGAGUGCAAAUAAAGAGGGAGGUUUUCUAAA